CAAGGGCUGCGCCGAGCGCGGGAGGCGGUGUCCGGGAGGGCGCCGGUCCCGCCGGGAAGUGUAGCGGCGGUUUCCGCUCCGCUUCCUGACGCGCGGCCCGGGCACGGAGCGGGACGGGACGGGACGGAACGGAACGGGCCGGGCCAGGCGGCAUGGCCGGGCCGCACCUGCAGCAGCCCAGCUUCCUGCUGGCCACGCUGAAGGCAGAUUGUGUGAACAAGCCCUUUGUGCAGAGGUGCCAUGACCUGGAGACCAUCAUCGAGGAGUUUCCUGCCAAGGAACUACACGGCAUCUUCCCAUGGCUGGUGGAGAACAUUUUUGGUAGCCUGGAUGGCAUCAUUGUAGGCUGGAAUCUUCGCUGCUUGCAAGGAAGAACAAAUCCUACUGAAUAUUCUGUGGCCUUGGAUUUCCUGGAUCCCAGUGGCCCAAUGAUGAAGCUGGUUUACAAACUCCAAGCUGAAGAGUACAGAUAUGAUUUCCCAGUCUCAUAUCUUCCAGGCCCCGUGAAGGCUUCAAUACAAGAACAAGUCCUGCCUGAAUGCUCUUUAUACCACAACAAAGUCCAGUUUCCUUCUUCUGGUGGUUUAGGUUUGAAUUUGGCUCUUAAUCCAUUUGAAUAUUAUAUGUUUUACUUUGCAAUUAGUUUGAUUACACAGAAGAACUCGCCUGUCACCCAUCACGUCAGUCCUUCCAACAGCGCGUAUUUCAUCUUGGUGGACACGUACCUGAAGUGUUUCCUCCCCACGGAGGGCAGUGUCCUUCCUCCACCUUCUUCAAACCCCGGGGGAGCCAUCCCAUCCCCAGCCCCCAGGUCUCCAGCAGUGCCUUUCACGUCCUACGGCAUGCACCACACCAGCCUGCUGAAACGGCACAUCGCCCAUCAGCCUUCGGUGAACGCUGACCCAGCCUCCCAGGAGAUCUGGAGAUCAGAAACACUGCUUCAGGUCUUUGUUGAAAUGUGGCUUCAUCAUUAUUCACUGGAAAUGUAUCAGAAAAUGCAGUCCCCUCAUGUCAAGCUGGAGGUUCUCCACUACCGACUCAGUAUCUCCAGUAAACACCACGGUAGUCCUGCCCAAUCCAGCUACCAGGCCCUCCACGCAUACCAAGAGUCAUUUAAGCCCACUGAAGAGCACGUGCUAGUGGUGAGACUGCUAGUGAAACACCUGCAUGCUUUCAGCAACAGCCUGAAACCAGAGCCUCUGUCCCCCUCCGCCCACUCCCACACAGCCAGCCCGCUCGAGGAGUUUAAAAGGGUUGUAAUUCCUCGGUUCGUCCAGGAAAAACUUUAUAUUUUCCUGCAGCACUGUUUUGGUCACUGGCCUCUGGAUGCUUCUUUCAGAGCAGUUCUUGAGAUGUGGUUAAGUUACUUGCAGCCUUGGCGGUAUGCUCCGGAAAAGCUGCCACAAAGUGAAGAGCCCUUGCCUCGCAGCGUGUCGGAGAAAUGGGCUGCAUUCAUUCAAGAAAACCUACUCAUGUAUACUAAGCUGUUCAUAGGAUUUCUGAACAGAGCUCUUCGAACAGACUUGGUCAGUCCAAAAAAUGCUCUGAUGGUGUUCCGAGUAGCCAAAGUCUUUGCUCAGCCCAAUCUAGCUGAAAUGAUCCUGAAAGGAGAACAGUUAUUCCUGGAGCCAGAACUCGUUAUUCCCCAUCGUCAGCACCGACUUUUUAUGAGCCCCACAGUUGGUGGAGGCUUCUUAUCAUCAUGGCCUCCAGCUAUUACAGAUGCCUCAUUUAAGGUGAAGAGUCAUGUUUACAGCCUGGAAGGACAGGAUUUCCAGUAUAAACAGAUGUUUGGCACAGAAGUCAGAAAUUUGGUGUUAAAACUGGCUCAGUUAAUUUGUCAGGCACAGCAGACGGCAAAAUCCAUUUCAGACCAUUCUUCCGAGACAACGGCCAGCCAGUCCUUCUUCUCAUGGUUUAGAUUUACAUCCUCUGAGAUGAAUGGUUCCUACACAGGCAAUGACCUUGAUGAAAUUGGGCAAGACAGCAUCAAAAAAACAGAUGAAUAUUUAGAAAAGGCACUAGAAUACUUGUGCCAAAUCUUUAAGCUGAAUGAAGCCCAACUGACCCAGAUGAUGAUGAAGUGUGGGACAGCUCAAGAUGAGAAUGGAAAGAACCAGCUUCCAGACUGCAUUGAAAGCGAGGAUGGCCUCAUUCUUACACCCCUGGGCAGGUACCAGAUCAUAAAUGGCUUACGUAGAUUUGAGGUGCGGUAUCAAGGAGACACCGAGCUUCAGCCCAUCCGAAGUUAUGAAAACGCUACUCUUGUUCGCCUCCUAUUUCGUUUAUCCUCCGUGCUUAAUGAAAGGUUUGCUGAUCAGAUGGAUGAGCUCUGCUCCAGGGAAGAUUUUGUUGGCAGACUUUGUCGCUAUCAUCUUACCAACCCCCGCCUCAUACAGAAAAUCAGGCACAGUCCUGUGGUAAGGGACAGAACAAGCCAGAACUGGGGACCAAGGAUCAGCCUGAGGUUUCUGGCUAGCUACAGGACUCUCGUGUCUUUGCUGAUGGUCUACUUCAUUGCAUCCUGGUUUUACAUUGGGCCAGUGGGCUGCACAUUCAUUAUCCUGAUUGGAUAUUUUCUUUAUGCCGUAAUAAUGACAUUUUUCUCAGAAGAAUGGAAACCACACGAACACUAAUUCCUUUCUCUCAGCUUACACUUGUAAAAAUAAACAUUUAAGGAUGAGCCUGGGAUUCAAUGACUAGAAUGUUUGAAUUAUCAUAUCAGAUCUUCCUAUGGUAUUUUUUAAAUAUUAAAAUUAAUUGGGUUUUAUAAACAAUUAUGUGGUACUUGUGGAGAAAAUCAAUGUAAAUUUUAUUCUUAUAAAAGUAUUCCUAUGGAA